UUCGUUACACAUCCAGUAGACUGUUCGGAUAGGAUCCUCAACCGUGGCACUCUCUCUCUCUCUCUCUCUCCAUGGGUGUGGCUGUUCUGGCCCUGAACCAGCAAUUGCUUUGCGUCACAAACUUUAAAUCAAGGAUAAAACCAUGGCUUCCCGGCACAAAAUCCACCCUUACCCAUCCAAAACUCAUAAACAGGAAAACCCAUUUUUCGUUUAUCUCUUCUUCUUCUUCUUCUUCUUCACAGUCACCUGAAGCCAAUACAGACACUGCCGAGUCUUGUGUCAACUUGGGUCUCCAGCUAUUCUCCAGAGGACGGGUUAAAGAUGCCUUGGUCCAAUUUGAAACAGCACUUGAUUUAGAUCCCAAUCCAAUGGAGGCUCAAGCUGCACUGUAUAACAAAGCAUGCUGUCAUGCAUACAGAGGGGAAGGAAAGAAAGCUGCUGAAUGUCUUCGUACUGCAUUGAGAGAAUAUAACCUCAAAUUUGGCACUAUUUUGAAUGAUCCUGACUUGGCCUCCUUUAGGGCUCUGCCUGACUUCAAGGAAUUGCAGGAAGAGGCUAGAUUGGGUGGGGAAGAUGUAGGCUAUGGUUUUCGAAGAGAUCUUAAACUCAUCAGUGAAGUUCAAGCUCCAUUUCGUGGAGUUAGGAGAUUCUUUUCCGUGGCAUUUACAGCAGCUGCAGGAAUUUCACUGUUUCUCACUAUACCUAGGCUAUUCCUUGCAAUUAAAGGUGGUGAUGAUGCUCCUGAUCUCAGGGAAACUGUUGGAAAUGCUGCCAUCAACAUUGGAGGUAUUAUUGCUUUUGUGGCAUUAUUUAUUUGGGACAACAAGAAAGAGGAAGAACAACUUGCCCAAAUAUCCCGAAAUGAAACUCUAUCAAGAUUGCCACUGCGCCUUUCCACUAAUCGGAUUGUUGAACUCGUCCAGCUGCGGGACACUGUUAGGCCUGUUAUUUUAGCAGGGAAAAAGGAGACUGUUUCUGUAGCAAUGCAGCAGGCAGACAGGUUUCGGACUGAACUCCUUAGACGUGGUGUUCUUAUAGUUCCAGUCAUAUGGGGUGAAAGUAGGGAGCCACAACUAGAGAAGAAAGGCUUUGGUGCACAUCAAAAGGCAGCAGCAGCCUCUCUUCCCUCUGUUGGGGCAGAUUUUGAGAAACGUGCUCAGUCUAUCACUGCAAAGUCAAAGCUGAAAGCUGAAAUUCGAUUCAAGGCUGAGACUGUAUCACCAGCUGAAUGGGAAAGGUGGAUAAAGGAUCAGCAGAAAUCUGAAGGAGUAACUCCUGGUGAGGAUGUCUACAUUAUAUUGCGGCUAGAUGGCCGGGUACGAAGAUCAGGGAAAGGAAUACCAGACUGGCAACAAAUUGUACAGGAGCUGCCACCAAUGGAAGCAUUCCUAAGCAAGCUCGAAAAAUAAAAUCUCCAUAUGUGUCUAUCAUUGUAUAGUAACUUUGGCCAUGCCAAUUUUCAAUUUUGAUGUGGAAGAAACUAAUAUAGAUUACAAGUGAAAUAUUUUUGGGCCAA